AGCCGAGUGAAGUAGGCAACGCGUUAGAAGAAGCAGAGGAAGGGAAGGAGAAGGAGCGGAGCGGCGGCGCCGGUGAGAGAAGCGGAGGAGGAAAAGAAGCGAUGCCUGCCGGCCACGGUCUCCGUUCACGAACGCGCGACCUCUUCGCGCGGCCCUUCAGGAAGAAGGGGUACAUCCCUCUGACCACCUAUCUCCGCACCUACAAGAUCGGCGACUACGUUGACAUCAAGGUGAACGGAGCUGUCCACAAGGGGAUGCCGCACAAGUUCUACCAUGGCCGCACCGGCAGGGUUUGGGACAUCAACAAGCGCGCCAUCGGCGUUGAGAUAAACAAGCAGGUUGGGAACAGGAUUAUAAGAAAGAGAAUUCAUGUUCGUGUGGAGCACGUGCUGCCAUCACGCUGCAGGGAAGAUUUCCUUCGCAGGAAAGUUGAGAAUGAAAAGUUGAAGGCCGAGGCAAAAGCACGUGGUGAGAAAAUCAGCACUAAGCGGCAGCCUGAAGGCCCGAAACCUGGUUUUAUGGUGGAAGGGGCGACGUUGGAAACCGUGACUCCUAUCCCAUAUGAUGUUGUCAAUGACCUCAAGGGUGGUUAUUGAUUUGUCUUUGAUGUUGUUAUCGAACCCCCAAUUUUGGUGCUUUAUGAAGAACUUGCACUCUUUGUUUAGGGUCCAUAUUGUGGUUGAGUUUCUUGUUGAUGCUUUGGUUUUGCAAUUAACAGUUAGAUACAUCCACUUGCUAUAUCUAAAGCCUCUUUUUUCUCA